GGGUAUAUGGAAUUUGAUGAGUGGGCAAUUAAAUUUAUUGACACACCGCAGUUUCAAAGGUUGAAAGAAAUAAAGCAAUUAGGUUCUGCCUAUUUUGUUUAUCCUGGUGCAAGUCAUAAUCGUUUCGAACAUAGUUUAGGAACUGCACACCUUGCUCAGACAUUUACAAAAAUACUAAAGCAACAAGACACUGAAAUAAAGGAUAAUGAUAUCAAAUGUGUGACUUUGGCAGCUUUAUGUCACGAUCUGGGUCCCGACAAAUGGAAACAUGAACACGGGUCCGCAAUGAUGCUAAAAGAUCUUAUUGAAGAAUUGAGACAAUCGGAAUCGGAUCCUUUCGAACUAGAAACAGAGGAUGAAGACUUCAUAGCAGCGCUCAUUAUGGGAAAAAAAAAGCCUCAAUGCCUAUUCGAUAUAGUCAGCAAUGAAGAUAAUUCUGUGGAUGUUGAUAAAUUUGAUUAUCUUAACCGAGAUUGUUAUAAUUUGGGCAUGAAAUCUUUGUUUGACUCUUCACGAUUGAUGAAGUUCUCUUGCGUCAUAGAUGGAAAGAUCGCUUAUAACCACAAGGAAUGUUUUAACAUUUAUGAAAUGUUUCAUACGCGUUAUUCAUUGCACAAGAAAGUGUAUAACCAUCGCGUUAGCAGAGCAAUUGAUUAUAUGAUAGCAGAUGCGCUGGUAGAAGCUGAUCCAUACUUUAACUUCAAAGGUGCAAUUGAAGACGCCAAAGAAUAUAUCAAACUGGAUGAUUCUAUUUUGAGUAGGAUCGAAUUUACAGAUUGCAAGGAAUUAGAAACUUCAAGAAAAAUUAUCAAGCGAAUUAGACGGAGAGAUUUAUACAAAUUAGUGGCUGAGUGUUCAGUCGCAAAACAGCUUAAAACAAUGGUUACGAAGUUAGAAAGCUAUUUUGCUGAAGAUACUUCCGUAACAAAUGAGGCAAUUGAAGACUUAAUUAUCGAACAACUAGGAUUGAAUUAUGGAAAAAAAGACCAAAAUCCUGUAGAAAAAGUCACGUUCUAUGACAAGAGGAAAGACAACGAUAAGCCAUUCAAAAUUACACGUGAUGAAUUGAGUUAUCUUGUUCCAGAAACUUUUGAAGAAGUAGUACUGCGUGUCUUUGUACGCACAUAUAAUGAGACAAACACAAAAGAAUUACACUCUUCAUCCAAAACUGAUUUUAAUGAUAUAUGGGCUAUGAUUUUUCGAAUUUAUAUACAAUGA